UUCCAUGAAGCAAGAUGGCUGCCCAAAAUGCAUCCAGUUUCAUCAACAGCAGUGCUUCUAACAGAUGUAAUUUAAGUGAGGAUUUUAAUAACAUCCUGCUACCAGUUGUCUACAGCAUUGUGCUGGUGUUUGGCCUCCUACUCAACCUCACCGCCAUGUAUUCCAUCUGUUGCCGGCUCAAACGCUGGAGCCCCAACACUAUCUACAUGAUCAAUCUGUGUGUGUGUGACACACUCUAUAUCCUUACACUACCCUUUCUGAUCUAUUAUCACGCGUCCAAGAAAAACUGGCCAUUUACUGAAGUUUUCUGCAAAGUUAUCCGCUUUCUCUUCCACACCAAUCUCUAUGGUAGCAUCCUCUUCCUCAGUUGCAUCAACGUCCAUCGCUACAUAGUUGUUUGCCACCCAGUGCGAUCAAUGAGGUGGGUUAAUGCCCGCCGUGCCCGUUACACCUCGUUCGUGAUCUGGGUAGUUGUCCUCAUUUUCCAAGCGCCAGUGCUUUACUUUUCCCGAACCAAGAAUAACACUAUCUGCACAGACACCACAUCGGGAGACCUCUUUAAAUACUUCCUGCCCUACAGCUCUGCCAUUUCGGUUCUUUUCUUUCUAAUACCAUUUAUUAUAGUGAUAGUUUGCAACAGCCUUAUGGUGCAUCAACUCAUACAACCAGGCACAGUAGGAGGUACAGUGUCUCGGCACUCCAAGAAGAAGUCUGUAAAGAUGAUCGUCAUCGUACUGCUGGCCUUCAUAGUCUGCUUUGUGCCCUUCCACUUCACACGGAGUGUCAACUACUUCUUCCGCCACUUUCCGAAUGUAAACUGCAACCUCCGGGAAGGCUCUAGAAUAGCAUACAAGGUCUCAAGGCCCAUAGCAAGCAUUAACAGCUGCAUUGACCCUAUCCUUUACUUCAUGGCUGGCCAGGGUUUUCGGCAAAGUCUACCUAAGUGGAAGCAAGGCCAAAGAGCUGAGGAGGAUAAAGGUUCAACCUCUCAAUCAGAUUAAACAAAAAAAAACAUGAACGUGAAGGACAGAGAGGUUUGCAAGACCAAGGAAUAAAGUGGAAUACUGGAAAAUAGAACGUAAUGGUGGAGCUGUGUUGGAAUUGUAACUUUAAAAGACAGGCCAAAACUGCCAGGGAGCGAAUUCUGCUUUACUUUUAAAUGUGUUUCCAAAAUAACCGCAAACAGCCACACCCAUUUUUUCCCCCCUACAUUUGGUGCUUAGGAAUUACAUGGUAUACCUUUGUAAAGUCUCCUGUACAGUUUUGGCCAUUAUUACCUUUCAACAGCUUUUGCAGGGUUGAGAACUUUGUAAUACUUUGUAGAUAAAACUGUUCUUUUAACUUUAAUAAACAUAAGAAAUCUUUCAGGACGCAAAGAGAGAAAAAGACUAAUACAAAAAAAAAAAAAUGCUGGUGAGGAAACGAUUGUUUAUAGUUGUUAAUGUUAGAAAUAACAUGACCUAACUUGCUUCGUACAUGUUUCACAGCUUUGGUAUUUGGCAAAUUAAACACUACGAAACAUAGUAUGAUAAGUUAUGUGCAGAUAAAUGUUAUAUACAAAUCGACCGACAAAGAAAAAAAUGAGUCCCUGAACUUAAUAGCUUUUAUGUUAUAACAGAUUAUGUACAGUAUUCUAUUUGUAACAAGGUUUUUUUUUAAACAAAUGAUAUGCAGCUUUCAGCAAUGUCUUUUGAGUUAAUGAAUGUGGAUAUAUAUAUAUAUAUAUAUAUAUAUACACACACACAACCGUUCAAAAGUUUUAGAACACUUUUUAACUACAUGAUGGUUCCUGAUUUAAUUCUUUCUACAUUGUAAAGGAAUGCUAAAGGCUGAGAGCCAGUUUCAUUAUGGUACAUGACGAAUUUUGCAAAUGCACUUGACAAUACUGUUUUUGCAAGAACUAUUACAGAAUGGCUGACCUCUGUGUCUUAAAAUAACAACUAACUGUUGUUUUUCUUGUUGUUACGUAAUUAACUAAUUCCAUAUGUGUUAUUUUAUAGUUUUGAAAUCCCCAUAAUUGUUGUAGAAUAUAGAAAAUAAAGCACUAAAAAAAAGAAAUUUGCAAGUGUUCUAAAACGUUUGAACGGUAGUGUGUGUGUGUAUAUAUAUAAUAUUCUUUAUUGAAUUAUUGUAUAUUGUAUAAAAUAUAAAUAUAUAUUUGCAUAUGUCAGCAAGCUUCUGCUUAAUUAAAGCAGAUUAUUCAUUUUUAUUUGUCAUACUUUUUAUUUAUUGUCAAAAUAUUACAUUUCAAAAUCUUAAUCUGUAUACUCAUAUAUCAGUAAGGAAAAAUGUUAAACUAAACUUUAGAAAUUCAUAUAAAAAGCAGUCAGUUACUUUAGUUCUUAUUCUUUAUUUAAAGAUUACAAAUAUCAAGAAAAAGCAUAUAAUUUUAUAAUGAAAAAAUAAUAAUAAAAUAAAAUGAAAAAAGUAAGAAUGAUGCUGAGAAUCUUUUCUUUCCAUUCUCAUUACAUGUCCAUAAUUAUUAAUACCCUUACAAGUAAGGUAGAACCAACAGAUAUUGCAUCCUAAAAUAUCAUAAAAUACUGCUAUUUCUCAGGGUUAUAGACAGCAGUGACAGUGUUGCUUGUGCCUUUUCUGCCAUCAUGAGUUAAAACAACAACAAACAAGGAAAUCAUUAACAUGAAUAUGUGAAAUUUGUUCAUUGUUUGAAUACCACUAUUUCAUAUACUAACUUUUUUUUACUUAAGCAUUUUCACAUUGUAAUUUCCAGCAAAAGUUAAAACUAAGAGGAAUAAGGAUAUCCGCUGUACAACAGGAAAAAAAGUUUUAAGAACAAUUAUAUUUAUCAUCUGUUUUAUGGCUUUGUCUACGCAGAUGUGUGUGCAUGAGUAUGCUUGUGCGUACCACCAGUUUCUUUCAUUUAAAGCGAGAUUAUUUCACCACGAGCAGGCAUUGUUUCAGUGUAAACUCUCACACAUGCAGAGACCUCUUGCUAAAUUUUACAAAGAAAAUAAAAAAAUAAAAAGUGACACAGGGAGGUAGCUUUGAUGAUGCACCAUGAGAUAUUACAGUGGUUUGAUGGGUCAUUAAUUCCCCCUUGUAUUGCUCUUUAGUUUAAAACAAAAGCUAAACUCCAGGCUCUUAACACGUACAGUUACAUUAUAGUUUGUUUUGUUAUUGUAAAGUAUUUGCUACACCAGCGUUAUUUCGGCAUAGUGUUUAAUAUGUUUACAGUGUACCCUAACUGUGCCACAGACAUAAAACUUUCUUUACUGUUUGGAUUUAUAGUUGUGUGUUUUCAAGAAAAAUAUUACAAAAAGUCAUUUUUUAGAAUUAAAUUAAGAUAUCUGCAACUAGUAUGAAAGUAGAUACUGUACCUAGCACUGGCAACCCAUAAGAAAAAAUAUGAUAGUAAAUAUUAUAGUUUUUGAACCUUAAUCUAGUAAAAUUCCUAUAGAAAACUAUAGUAAAUUACAAUGGCAUGCUAUAAUAAAUAUUGCAGCUUCCUACAGCAUGUAGGAAUUACCAUAGUAAAUACUAAAGUUUACUGCAGUAAAUUUGUACUAUAGUAAAUGCUAUAGUUUAUGACAAUUAAAAUAGUAAAUAAUAUAGUUUACUUCAGCACUUACUAAUAACUAGAGUAAAUCCUAAAUUUUACUAUGGCAUUUAGGAACUACUAUAGUAAAUACUACAGUUUACUAAAGUAAUACUAACAUUUGCCACUGUGUGUGUAGUUACUAAAACAUGCUAACUACUAUUGUCAAUAUUACAGUUUAGUGAAGCGUAUAGAAAUGACUAUAGUAAGUACUACAGUUUGCAAUGUAGUGUAGAAAAUUACUAUAACCAUUUAUUACAGUUUAAUAAGGCAUUCUGUAAAUCACUAUAGUAGUUACGGCAUGUAAUAACUACACUAUGGUAAAUACUAAAGUUUACUACAAGAUGCAGUUAAUACUAUAGUAAAUAUUAAAAUUUACUACAGCAUGUAGUCAAAUACUAUAGUAAAUACUACAGUUUACUAAAUCAUGCAAUUAAUUACUAUAGUAAAGUAGUAAAAAAUUACUAUAGUUACUACCCUAUUGUAUAGCAAACUACAGUGGUAAACUGUAAUAUUUUUCCUACAGGAAGCUUUCAAAGCUAGAUGUGUAAAGAAGCUAAGUCUUUCUUUAAAGAACAAAUCAUUUAAAGUAUUUUUUCCCAUGCCCACCUAGUGGAGAUGAAAUAUAAUAAAAGCUAAAACCUGACUAGGUUGCUACAACUGAAGGAAGAAACAGAAUACAGUUUUCUUAAAGCAUUAGCUUCUUCCCAG